AUGCCUGAGGUCACCAGCGGAGACCGGUUGACAGAGUCGAACCUCGCUGCGUAUAAUCUAUUCUGGCAGCAAAAGGCCCGAGACGAGUCCAUCAACAUCUGGGUUGACAAAGUCAUCAGGCAGGAGCAGAGACACUGGCUCUUCUCUGAACUCACAAGCAAUGAUGUGGGUCACCAGGAAGAAGGGGAUAUUCUCGAUGGUCUGGAUUUGCUUCUCGGUGAUGCUCCUGGUCUGGACUUGAUAGGUCUCAGCCACUGGAUGUUUGAAGAGACACAGGACGUGUCCAUGGUGAACCCCAUCGAGCGCUUCCUGACUCCAGAUGGAUGCAGUGACCCUCUUUAUUUUGCUCUGCCUGCCUUGCAGCGCAUGGGUAUUCCCUUUGGCAGCAUGGAAGGCAAAGAAGCGAGAGUUCAAAUGGUAAAAACGUCAUUGGAAUCAAUGGCAAAAAUGCGCAAGCAGUAUUCGGGUUUGACUUGA